AACCAGUUUUAAUUUAAUUUUCGGCGAACGUAGUUAUUCGUACUUAAAUGUUACAUAUAUAGUUGGUUUUAAAUUUUAAUGUUAAUAUAUUUUGUUAUUCGUAAAAUUAAACAUUCAUAGCGUAUUAAAAAAAAAAAAAACAUUUAAUUUUUGUACACAAAUAAUAAGUUGAUAACCAUCUAUCGUUGCACUAUGGAUUUCGACAAAUUAAUACUAGGAAUAGACAUAGGAACAAGUUCAGUAAAAAUUUCACUUUUAGACAGUAGCACUUCAAAAUCUAUUUAUGCGAAAUCUGUCCCAACCAAAGCAAAAACUAGUUCUAGUCAUCAAAAAGGUGACGAGCAAGAUGUUUUCAACAUUUUGAAAGCAAUGCAAGAAUGCUUGAAAUCACCAGGAAAAAUUAUGGAAAAGGUAAAAGCGAUUGGUAUUUGUGGUCAAAUGCAUGGAAUAGUUUUUUGGGAUGAACAAUUUGUACAAACAUUUUGGGAUAAUGAGUUUACCAACGAAACAAAGAAAUUAGUAUCUAAUUUAUAUACAUGGCAAGAUGCACGUACAGAUUUAAAAUUUUUGACAAAGCUGCCAAAACCUCGUUCUCAUUUAAAGGCAUACUCAGGUUAUGGAUGUAAUACCAUUUUUUGGUUAAAAGAAAAUCAACCAGAAAUAUUGAGUAAUUUUAAGCAUUGUGGCACAAUUCAAGAUUUAAUCGUAUCAAUACUUUGUAAUCAAGGAAAACCAGUCAUGUCUACUCACAAUGCAGCAAGUUGGGGAUAUUUUGAUGUAAUUGAAUGUUCCUGGAAUACAGAUAUUUUAAUUCAAGCAAAUUUUCCAGUUCAUCUAUUACCAUUAGUUGUACAGCCUGGAAAAAUUUUUGGGACAUUAUAUGAAACAAUUUACCAUAUACCAAAAGGCGCAGUAGUUGGUGUUGCUCUUGGUGAUUUACAAUGUUCAGUAAUAGCCACGUUAACAUCAAUGACAGAUGCUGUUAUUAACAUUUCAACUUCAGCUCAAGUAGCGUUUGUGACUAAAAUAAUUGAGAAACAAUGCGAUGGCGUUGAAUAUUUUCCAUAUUAUGAUAAUCACUUUUUGGCAGUAGCAGCUUCUUUGAAUGGUGGAAAUGUCUUAGACUGUUUUGUUAGAUCUGUGCUUAGUUGGGUAUCUGCUCUUGGAUUAACUAUUACUGAAGAUGAACUGUGGAAUCGACUGUUACAUUUACCAGACGAAGAACAUUCGACACCUCUUAUAGUAAACCCUUUAAUUUUUGGCGAAAGACAUGAUCCAACAACAUUUGGAUCAUUAAUAAAUGUUACAAAUAAUAACUUCACAUUAUCAGAAUUGUUUUCAGGUUUUUGCAAAGGACUCAUUAAUAAUUUACUUAAAAUGAUGCCAAGAGAAAUGUUAUUGAAAGCUGGAAUUCAAAGAAUCAUAGGUUCAGGAUCAGUCAUAACUAGAAACCAUAUAAUAAAAAAAGAAAUAGAAAAUUGUUUUAAUCUUCCACUAAGUCUACAAAUGCCAGAAGAUUCUGCUUUUGGCGUUGCUUUAGCGUUAUUGAAGAAUAAUCCUCAUUUGUUUAGUUAGAAAAUAAUAAAAUUAAUUUUAUUAUUACAAAUGUCCAUUAAAUUAUAUAUAUUAUAAUAAAUAUACAUAUUAAUAUAUUAUACAUAAAAUACAUAAGAACAGAAAAGAAAUGUUUGGUAAAUAUAAUAGAUGUACAACUUGGCA